UGGGAGGGAAGAGAGAGGGAGGGGAAAAGUAAAAGCCAAAGGAUUCUGAAAAACACAAGGAGCAGCAGAGGAUUGGAAAUUCGCCCUGAACUGUGAUCGGACCCCGUGAAGACCCUGAAAGAUGGGCAGCUAUCCAGUCUCUGUGCUGUUAUGCUGUUGUUUCUUUGUACUUGUUACUGUCCAGGCACAGCAAACUGAAAUCCAUGACAUUGAUCCCAGUGUUUUGCCACCGCCAGACUGCAGAGAGGAAACAUACCCCUGCACCAGGAUGUACUCUGUUCAUCGACCGAUAAAGAGAUGCAUCCAUUCACUCUGCAUCUACAGUCUUCCAAGAGUUUAUGUGAUCAACAAAGAAAUCUGUGUGAGAACCGUGUGCCAGCAAGACGAGAUCCUGAUGGCUGAACUCUGUAGAGAGAAAUCUGGUUGGCCAAAACGCCAAAAGAGGACAACUAUGAGUCGCUGUCGCCGUGCCAAACCAAAUAGCUGGGCAAACAGGGCCUAAAGUCAGAUGGAUGACAAAGGGAGAGAGA